AUGCGGGUGGCCCUAGUAGUGAGAAAAAGCGCCAGCUGCAGCCAGUGCGCAAAACAAAAGCGUGAGUUCGAAGAGCUUGCGGACAAAGUCGACCAGAUUGAGGAAAUCAAGGAAUUAGACGAACGAAAUCAGAGAUUUCCAUGGAAAAGCUCGAGAAAAGCUACAAAGUCGAUAAAACAACGUCCAAUCGACGGCAAAGCAGUUGAGGAAUCGAAUAACACUUACAAUGGCAGGUUGAAAGAACGGACAACUGAAGAAGAGCUGCAUAUCCUGGCGGCCAAUUGA